UUGUAGGUAUCACCAUGUCUACAGGCACGGUAUUCGUCCGCUUUGGAGGAAUCCAACUCGGUUCAAGAGUCUCAAGACCCCAUACGGCUUUGCCCUAAAAAUAAUUAAUGGUGACUGGGUUCCUGAGCGCAUGAUGAAUACAUUCUACCUUGGACAACCCAUACACUUUCAAGCUACUACAAAUCUUCCUAUUCCUGGGACAAAGCUUUUCAUCCACAGCUGUUAUGCAACCGCAUCUCCAGCUUCAAAUUCAACGCCCAGAUACACAGUGAUUGAGAAUUAUGGGUGCAUGGUGGACAGCAAGUAUGAAACCUGUAGCUCCCAUUUUGUGCCUCCCAGAACCAACAAUACAAUCAAUUUAAUUGUUGAUGCUUUCCAGUUCAACACGCUGUCCCCUCUGGUAAACAAGUACUACAUGCACUGCACAAUGGUGGUAACGAGCAACAGCAUGGUAACGCAGAGUACCAAAUCUUGCCACUAUGAUAAGAACGUGAACAGGUGGGUGGAACUUGAAGGUAACCACAGUGUCUGUUCCUGCUGUGACUCUGUGUGCAUAAAUGAAGAUGUGACUUUGCCCAUCGUUACUAAGAGCACCAUAAGCAGCGAUGCCCUGCUGGUCCUUGAAAAGCAGGGAGGUGACGACGGGGAGAGGAAGACUGGCGCGGCCAUUCUUGAACUGGAGGAGGACUUGCUGUCUUCCGAAGGCGUGUCCAAAGAGGAUCUGGAGGCACUGUCUCCAGAGGACGAUGCCUUUGAGGAGAAUGACUAUAACAGGCUUUUGGAUGUUGAGGCAGAAGGCAAUGACAAUUCUGAUGAUCCUAACCAGCAUUUGGAAGGUACCUAUGAUGCCUCCAAGGUGCCAGAGCACAGUGACACUGAGAACUAUGAGGGGGCUGGGGAGCCUGGUCACUUCGAAGAGGCGGAUGAGUGGAGGGCUCUGUCUGCAGAGGAAGCCGGUGGUAACUGAAGAUGCAGUUCUGUCUAGUUAUUGGAUUAUCAUGACUGCUAAAUAAAGGUGUUGACAUUUUUGUAUA